UUUCUUCCUUCCCGACUUGUCUGUCCGCCUUCCCUCCCCUCUUGCCGUCGGUAGGUAUCCCAAACGGGCCAGAAAAGGAGAAAAGAUCGCCGUCGCGGUCGCAAGAUCGAGCGGACUUUGGGGGCGAUGAUGGUCGGGAAGACGAGCGCCAUCGCGGCCGGGGUGUGCGGGGCACUCUUCGUCGGUUAUUGCCUCUAUUUCGAUCGGAAGAGACGCAGCGACCCCAACUUCAAGAACAGGUUGCGCGAACGGCGGAGGAAGCAGAAGGUGGCCAAAGAGCGAGCCGGCAUGGCCAAGCUCCCGGACCUGAAAGACUCGGAGGCCGUCCAGAAGUUUUUCCUGGAGGAGAUCCAGCUGGGGGAGGAGCUUCUGGCCCAAGGCGACUACGAGAAGGGCGUGGACCACCUGACCAACGCCAUCGCCGUCUGCGGACAGCCUCAGCAGCUCCUGCAGGUCCUCCAGCAGACGCUGCCGCCGCCCGUCUUCCAGAUGCUCCUCACCAAGCUGCCCACCAUCAGUCAGCGUAUCGUGAGCGCGCAGAGUCUGAGCGAGGAUGACAUCGAGUGAAGGUGGCCGUCCUCGUCUUCGUUCCGUGGCGACGACCCAACCCCCCCCCCCCCCCCGAGCUGUCGGGGACGUUGUUUUCUUCUUUCUAGUUUGUUGUCAUCCCGCGGAGCAAUCAUAAAAGUGGGAACAAACUUG